AUGUCGGGAAUAGCUAAAACGUCAGUUUUGGUCGAGGAGGGUGGAAAUCAGUGUAGAAAACGUUCUAAUAUAAGUGCCAGCAGCGAUCAGUGUAGCAAAAGAUCAAAAUUUGACGAUAUGAGUUCUAACGAAAAGAAAUCUAACUUCUCAAUGCUCAAUCCCAACGUUAAUGGCACAAUCAAAAUGACAACGUCGUCCAUGAACAAACCUGGCGCAACAACAAAGAAACUAGUUAUUAAAAACUUUAAAAGUAAACCGAACCUUCCGGAAAACUAUCAAGAGACAACAUGGAGCAAGUUACGAGAGGCUGUUAUAGCUAUACAGACGUCGAAGGCAAUCGCCUACUCCUUAGAAGAAUUAUAUCAAGCAGUUGAAAAUAUGUGUAGCCAUAAGAUGGCGUCUCAAUUAUAUGUUAAUUUGACAAACUUAGUUGAAGCCCAUGUGAAGUCAAACAUUGAGCAGUUUCUAUCCGAGAGCAUGGAUCGUCAAGUGUUCCUCAAGCGUAUGGACGACUGUUGGCGAGCUCACUGCCGACAGAUGAUCAUGAUCAGAAGCAUCUUCUUGUACCUGGAUCGGACUUAUGUUCUCCAAAACCCUAGCAUACAUUCUAUAUGGGACAUGGGUCUGGAUCUGUUCCGGCAUCACAUAGCUAUGAACACUCUGAUACAGACUCGCACUGUCGACGGACUGUUGACACUGAUAGAACGGGAACGAGGGGGUGACGCUGUGGACAUCUCCCUACUGAAGAGUUUAUUGAGGAUGCUGUCCGACCUGCAGAUAUACCAGGAUGCCUUUGAACACAAAUUCCUUCAAGCCACAGAGCGUCUGUACUGUGCGGAGGGCCAGCGUCUCAUGCGUGAGUUGGCCGUGCCUCAGUACCUGGCUCACGUGGAGAAGAGACUCAGGGAAGAGAACGAACGGCUGUUACACUAUCUGGACCCCUGUACCAAAUGGCAGCUCAUCCAUACAGUUGAGCGUCAGUUGUUGAGUGAACAUGUUAGCGGUGUACUUAGUAAGGGGCUGGAGUCUCUUAUGGAUGGCCCUCGUCUCAGAGACCUCGCUACAUUAUACUCACUGUUCAGUAGAGUUAAGGACGGACUCACUGAACUGUGUAGUCACUUUAAUGCAUACAUUAAGAAAAAAGGUCGAACAAUAGUGAUUGAACCGGAGCGUGACAAGACAAUGGUAGCUGAACUAUUAGAGUUUAAAGAACAACUGGACAAUGUAGUGAGCACGUGCUUCCAAAGAAACGACCGGUUCCUGUACUCCAUGAGAGAGGCCUUCGAACACUUCAUCAACCAGAGACAGAACAAACCCGCUGAACUUAUCGCAAAAUUCGUCGACCUUAAACUAAGAGCCGGCAACAAAGAGGCGACGGAGGAGGAAUUAGAAAGACUGCUGGACAAAAUAAUGGUUUUAUUCCGUUUUAUACACGGGAAGGAUGUGUUUGAGGCAUUCUACAAGAAGGAUCUAGCAAAGAGGUUGUUAGUUGGCAAGUCGGCCUCCGUAGAUGCUGAGAAGUCUAUGUUAAGUAAAUUGAAGCAGGAGUGUGGAGGGGGCUUCACAUGCAAGUUAGAAGGAAUGUUCAAAGAUAUGGAACUGUCGAAGGAUAUUAAUAUUACAUACAAGCAGCACUUAUCAGCGAGCAGCGAGUGCGGCGGUCUUGAACUAUCCGUGUACAUCUUAACGAUGGGCUUCUGGCCGACGUACGCGGCGGUGGAGGUGCGUCUGCCGGGCGAGCUGACCCGCCACCAGGAACACUUCGCCAAGUUCUACCUGGCCAAGCACUCGGGCAGGAAGCUGCAGUGGCAGGCCACGCUGGGGCACUGUGUGCUCAGGGCGCACUUCACACAGGGUAACAAAGAACUACAGGUGUCGUUGUUCCAAGCGCUGGUCCUGUUACUCUUCAAUGAUGGAGACAAUCUCUCAUUUGAAGACAUCAAGACUGCCACUAACAUUGAGGAAGGCGAGCUACGCCGGACCCUCCAGUCUUUGGCGUGCGGCAAGGCGCGUGUGUUGAUGAAGACUCCUCGAGGACGCGACGUCCAGGACCGGGACCACUUCGCGUUCAACGCGGACUUCACCAACAAGCUGUUCCGCAUCAAGAUCAACCAGAUACAGAUGAAGGAGACCAGCGAGGAACAGAAGGCGACCGAGGAGCGAGUGUUCCAAGACCGUCAGUACCAGAUAGACGCGGCCAUAGUCCGGGUCAUGAAGAUGAGGAAGGCUCUCUCACACAACCUGCUCAUCUCCGAACUAUAUAACCAGCUCAAAUUUCCCGUCAAGCCAGCGGACCUCAAGAAGCGUAUAGAGUCCCUGAUUGACCGCGACUACAUGGAGCGAGACAAGGACAACCCCAACCAGUACAACUACGUCGCGUAA